UUAAUGUUGGGUAAGACCUGCUUUGCGUUGUUGGUCCCUCCUCUCAUCACCUGUCUCAAGUUCCCCCUCUCUCUCAUUCUCUCCAUCUUAUCGUUUCCAUCCCUAUUGCGAUACACGCCGAGAACUCGACCCGAAUCGUGCCCUAAAUCGAGCUGUUUUCGACGGGACUUCAGGGAUGGCGCUCCACCCGAUGGCUGCGUCUUUGCAAUCCAAGGACUAUAGGGCGUUGAUGGACGUCAUUGACAAGUUAAGAUCCAAGGGAAUCAACCGUUAUGUCCAUCUUCCUCAGAUUGUUGUCUGCGGCGAUCAGUCGUCGGGCAAGAGCUCAGUCCUGCAGGCAAUCUCGGGCAUGUCGUUUCCAGCCAAGGACAAUAUUUGCACGAGAUUCGCAACAGAGCUAAUCCUGCGCUACUCCGGCGAGUCCGCCGAGGAGAGAUGCAAUGUAUCCAUCAUCCCCGGAAGAGAUCGCUUAGCUGAAGAGAGGGCGCGUCUCGAAAAGUUUCUCCAUUCUAGUAUCCCGGAUCAUAAUGAUAUCGGUGCCCUGAUAGACGAAGCGAAGGAAGUGCUGGGAGUUGGCGGUAGUGGAGGCAGGACCUUCUGUGAGGAUAUCCUCCGCAUCGAGCUAUCCGGGCCAACUCAACCGCACCUCACAAUUGUCGAUCUGCCAGGUCUCUUCCGCGCCGGAAAUAAGGACCAGUCGUCUGAGGACGCCAAAGUGGUACAAUCUUUGGUGCGGUCCUAUAUGAAGAACCCCCGCAGCGUCAUCCUUGCUGUCGUCUCAGCGCAGAGCAAUUUUGCCCUACAAGAGGUCACUCAACUCGCGCGCGAGAUAGAUCGUCAUGGCGCCAGGACCUUGGGUCUCAUAACGAAGCCGGACACGCUCGACGUCGGCUCUAAUAGUGAACGUGACUACUUUAACAUGGCGCAGAACAAAGAUGUCGAGUUCCGACUCGGAUGGCACGUCGUUCGAAACCGCGACUUCAAGACCAGAAAUGCCACAAAUCAGGAGCGGGACCAGAUGGAGGCAGAGUUCUUCGAUCAGGGUGUCUGGGCGGGCCUGCCGCGCUCGCAAAAAGGUUCGGCGAGCCUACGCACUCGGCUAAGUGAGGUCCUUAAGGAUCAGAUCCUCAAUCAACUACCCGAGGUUCUCGACGAGAUCCAAAAUGGUCUUGAUGAUUGCUCUAGGAGCCUUGAGAAGCUUGGUGCACCCCGCACCGCACUCGCCGAUCAACGUAGAUACCUACUCACCGCCAGUCGCCAAUUCUCGACACUUGUUUCCGAGGCCAUAGACGGAGUCUAUCGAGACAAAUUCUUCGGGAAUGCCCGAGACGAGGAGGGAUAUCAUAAGCGGCUUCGCGCUGUGGUGCAGAACACCUUGACCGAGUUUUCUCACGAGAUGCGCAUCCACGGACAAGCGAGGAAGAUUGUCGAGACAGCCUCAUCUCCUGGGGGGGGUUCGAGGGAGGUUACCCGAGCUGCAUAUAUGAAAGAAGUGAAGAGUCUCAUGAGCCGGACCCGAGGAUGUGAACUACCGGGCACGUACAACCCCUUGGUAAUCGGAGAGCUCUUCCGAGAACAAUGCGUGCCUUGGAAGGGGCUACUCAACAACUUUUCCGGGAAAGUGUACAAAGCUGUCGAAUCCACCCUCAAUUGUAUGUUGGCCCAUGUGGUUGACGAGGAUACUAAGAGAAAGCUGUGGGAAGAGUUGAUCGGCCAGGCCCUGAAUCAACUCCAGAGCCAGCUGAAAGACAAGAUCACCGAGCUUCUGCGGCUGCAUGAGGACGGCCAUCCCAUAACUUACAACCACUACCUGACGGAAACCGUCCAGGAGAUUCGCAGGAAGCGCAUGCGAGAUAGCAUCAUGAGCAGCCUCAAGAAAGCAGGGGGUGUGACUGCGACGCACAUACUUAGUAACGACCCACUCGUGGACCAGAUCGUGGCGGAGGUUGGAAGGGAUAUGGAAGUCCAGGCGUGUUCGGACGCGAUUGACUGGAUGGAAGCGUACUAUAAGGUGGCACUGAAGAGGGUGACGGACGAUUUCAGCACGCUGGGCAUCGAGGAAUCUCUCAUAUCACACCUGCCCAAGCUAUUCACGCCCGAGAUCGUGUUCGAUCUCGGCGACGAGAUGGUGAAAGGCAUUGCUGGUGAGAGCGCGGAAUCCGCGGAACAGCGGAGGCUCCUCACCGAGAAGAUGGAGAUCUUAACGAGCGGAAUGGCGGAGCUGCGACGCCUCUGCAAAGGCCAUCAGCGUAUAAGCGAAGUCGAUACUCCGAGGUCAUCCCCUCCCUUUCCCGCCUCUGAGGAGGGGAUACCCUCUCCCGCCUCUGAGGAGGGGAUACCCCCUCCCCCCUUAAAGAAAUGGUCACCCUUUCUCGCAUUUGAUGAGGGGAUAGAGAUCUCCGCAGGGACGACAGUGGACCCCUGGCUAGACCCAGGACAACCGCCUUCGGAGUUCCGCCAGGGACCAAUUUCCAAAUCACGCCGACACCGCCCCUGAACCUCAUCACAACCUCUAGACGGUAAGUGGGGAGGAGUUGAGACGACGUGAAUCCCCUGUAGAAUUACGUGCUCCUGGGCGUCGAGGGAAGGUGGCUGACCCUGCCCUCUCCGG